UUCCCAUCUUGGGACAAUCUGCAUGCAACUCCGGUGAGUUCAGAUGUGUUCCUGCAGGGCAGACUGAGGAGCUCAAUCUGACUUUUUUUCAGCACAAAAGUUCAAAUGAAGGAAGAAAAGUUCACAUAGACAAGACUCAGCAGCAAGAGCCUGGCAAGUGGAGCAAGAGGAGGUGAGAGAGGAACAUCAAGACAUGAGAAUGGGCUCCCUGGUGAGUGGCACUACAUCCACCCUCCUGACUUCCCUGCUGGCUUUCUUUUUGGGAGUUUCAUCAAUUUUAAGCGAGGAAAUAAGGGAAACAGAUGCACUGUGCAAUGCCAAUGGCUGCCUGGUGGUCUACUUUCAGAGAAAGACCUUUCUGGAUUCUUGGAGGGCCUGCAAGGAGAAAGGUGGAAACCUUGCCACCCUGAAACGUCAGGUGGAUGCCACUGCCAUUGAAACACUUUUUCCUUCUCUGGAUUUGCGACAAUCACGCACCAAGGUCCAAGUAUGGAUCGGUCUGCAGCGGCAACCCCGCCAGUGCUCGUCCAUACGGCCUCUUCGGGGUUUCUCUUGGACAACAGGGGACCAGGACACAGAAUAUACCAACUGGCAGAAAGAGUACUCGCCCAGCAUGUGCUCAGUGCCCCGCUGCGUGGUUAUGGGAUACAACACUCAGGACCAGACUGAUAACUUCAAAUGGCUGGAUGGGUCUUGCUCUGUCCCUGUGGAUGGUUACGUUUGCCAUUAUUCCUACCAAGGAAUGUGCCCUGCCUUGUGGAAUGAAGGGGAAGGUAACGCCCUCUAUGCCACACCAUUUAACCUUCUAAGUUCCCUUCUGACCCACGCCCCGCUUGGAUCAGUGGCGACCAUGCCCUGCCAGACAAAUCAGCAGUCAGUGCUCUGUCUGUUGAGGGAAGACGGUUCGGUGGGCUGGUCUAUAGAUCCUCCUCUCUGCUCCGAACAUCCGGCAUCACAAAACUGGUGCAAUCAGAACAAUGGCGGAUGCGAGCAUUUCUGUAAGCAAGGUGGCGCUCACUCCAUCUGCGAGUGUGCUGAGGGCUACCGACUUGCAGAAGACAACCACAGCUGUGACCUCUAUGACCCUUGUGAAGAUGCCAACUGCGAAUAUGAGUGUGUGCCUUUUUCAGAACGGUACCGGUGCGCUUGUCCUGAUGGCUACAUGCUGGCUCCAGAUGAACACGGUUGCCAGGAUGUGGAUGAAUGUCUUCAGAGUCCAUGUGAGCAUCGUUGUGUCAACACUCUCGGGACAUUCCAAUGUGAAUGUCAAGAGGGCCACCAACUAGACGAUGUGGGUGCCUGCGAGGAUAUCGAUGAGUGUCUGAGCGACCCUUGCGAGCACGCCUGUGAGAACACCGAGGGAUCCUUCAUCUGCCACUGCCAUUUGGGAUACUCUCCGCUACCUGAGGACACCAGUCGAUGCCAAGACAAUGACGAGUGCCAGAUCCCGGGAACAUGCCAGCAAAUGUGUGUGAACUACGAGGGUGGAUUUGAAUGCUAUUGCGAAGAAGGGUACGAACUUGUCAUGUCCGAUUCUUCCUCAUGUCGGAAGAUAGAUAGCCAAUCAACCGUCACCCACCAGCCACGGCCUGCAUGGGAUACUGACGACUAUGAGUGGAAUCCACAGCAGAGUCAUACAGAUUGGGUACCGGAGGUGGAGCAACCUAUGGACUGGUUGACUGACACCCCCAAAGUUUGGGGUUCGGAGGUGAUAUGGGUGACCAGUGCUCCUCAAGAGGAUCUUUUAAAUGAUUUUUCAGAAACACAGAAGGAAGAUGUUGCCAAUGGUGAUGCUGACCAGUUGGACUUGGGGGAGAAACCUCAGUCUGAGUCCACCAUCACCGCCAGCACCACACCCAUCCCCACCAUGACUGCCUUGUAUGAAGAUGAGGAGGAAGAGACCACUGCUCUCCCUUUUAUUUCCACCUCGACAAUCUCGGAGGGAGCUUGGAACUGGUGGGCUGGGUUCACAGCUUCUGACCAGAGCCGAGGAAAUCCAGAGGAUAAAAUCACAGACUCUUACAUGCUCACUAAUUCCAGCUACCACAAUCUGCCCCAGGAAGAAAAACACUCUGUCGGAGAUUACCCUGCAAAGGCAGACAAAAUGGGGGAGGAAGUGGACUCUCCUGCGACCCAUUCACAAGUGGCUCCUACUCAGGUCAGCUCCUCUCAACCGCCCACGGUCAAGCACCUGGAUUCUGUCCAUGAGGACAGGGGGAAAAGUAGCACCUGGCUCCUGGUGGGCCUCUUAGUGCCAGUCUGCAUCUUCAUCGUGGUCAUGGUGGUCCUGGGUAUCAUCUACUGUACUCGCUGUGCUGUGCAGCCCCGCAGUAAAACCAGGAGUGAUUGCUACCAUUGGAUUUCUGGCGCUCAUGACAAACAGGGUGCUGCUAUCCCCUCUGCAGGGGUCAAGAACCAUGUUUAAGUAGAAUGGACCCCAAGUGACCUUCUCAUAAACAGACUCUGAGGGAGCGUAAAACCAUCCUGGACUCUAUUGUUUAGUGUCCGUUCAUUUGGGAGGUGAGAGACGCUGAAAACCGCUGAACUUGUUUUCUUUGAUGAUACUUGGAUGUUGCAUACACUGAUCUCUUGACUGCUUGACUUCCCAUUAUUUCCCGAUUGCUCUAAAAGACUGAUGUUCAUUUCACCAUUCACACCUAACUAGACACUAUGAAUAAUGGGCGAGCUCGCAAGAGCAGUAAAUAAAAUAGGCGCUUUUGCAAGUAUUGUUUGAGCCAAAGUUUAAGUGUAAAUAAUGCUCUUUUUUUACAGUAUUGCUUAUUCAUCAUUUUGCAACUUUGCUUUUCACAGUACACCACGUAUCGUCAGUGAAAAUGACAGGAAUGUGCUGAAUUUCUAUUUCAAAAGCAGUUCUCUGUUCAUUUUUGGAUUUCCCUUUAAAAAAAGGGAAAUACACAAAUAUGCAACUUGCACGAGAGUGUUGGAAAGAACCUUGACUUUGGCCGUCCGUCAUACUGUAACCAGAAUUCUCUCUCCCAGCUCGGAAUGUUUUUGAAUCACAACCAGCUGUUUGAGGCUUCACGCUUGUUUGAAACCAUUCAAAAAGACAAUCACAAACUUGUAACAUCUCCAGAUCGGAAAAACUAAUUAUUACAUGACAAGAUAAGGCUUAAUUUAGUGUUUGCCAAUCAACCUAUCCCCAGGUGCAUGUUUUUGGAGGUGAGAGGAAGCAGGAGUACCCAGAGGGAACCACGAAUGUGAAUGUGAGUGUGAAUGUUGUCUAUCUGUGUUGGUCCUGCGACGAGGUGGCGACUUGUCCAGGGUGUACCCCGCCUUCCGCCCGAAUGCUCCAGUGACACCCCGCAACUCCGAAAAGGACAAGUAGUGGAAAAUGGAUGGAUGGAUGGAAGGAAGAUAAGGCUCAUUCUGGAAUUAGAGGAGAUAUUGCUUGGACAUUUAAAAAAAACGUAAUCUUUCCCAAAUUUCUGUUAUGUAUUCAACAGUUAUUGAUAAUUAACCAGAUUGGCUUACCUCAGGCAUCAAAUUAAUGGUUUUUGUUGUAUGUCAUUUUGUACACAGUGACAGGGUUUCAAAUUUGUGGCAAAGUUAGUUUUUUCUUAAUAGCAACUAACUACUCAGAUACUUUUUAUGAUAUUUAAAGUGGACAACCUUACCUGCGUAUACUAGUAAACAGAAAACAUUUUUCAAUCCUCAUAAUUUACUUAAUUGUGUUGCAUGUGGGGCUUCACGGUGGCAGAGGGGUUAGUGCGUCUGCCUCACAAUACGAAGGUCCUGCAGUCCUGGGUUCAAAUCCAGGCUCGGGAUCUUUCUGUGUGGAGUUUGCAUGUUUUCCCCGUGAAUGCGUGGGUUCCCUCCGGGUACUCCGGCUUCCUCCCACUUCCAAAGACAUGUACCUGGGGAUAGGUUGAUUGGCAACACUAAAUUGGCCCUAGUGUGUGAAUGUGAGUGUGAAUGUUGUCUAUCUGUGUUGGCCCUGCGAUGAGGUGGAGACUUGUCCAGGGUGUACCCCGCCUUCUGCCCGAUUGUAGCUGAGAUAGGCGCCAGCGCCCCCCGCGACCCCGAAAGGGAAUAAGCGGUAGUAAAUGGAUGGAUGGAUGGUGUUGCAUGUGGUUGCGUGAGGCAUUGAACAAUUAGGGCUGUAAAAACGAGUUCAUUAAUGCAGAUUAACACAUCAAUAUUAUUGUUCUGUUCAUUUUUUCAAACAUAAUUAACCCAUCUGCUGCACUGAAUGACUCAAAAUCCAUCAAUAUCUGACAAUACAUUGUUUUCCAAAGAGUACUGUCACAAAUGUGCAGUGUUGCUCAAAAAUGUUAAUUAUGUCUUCUUGUUCAAAUACUUUUCGAUUAAAAAAAUAAAAAUAAAAAAUCCUUCCAUUGUACCAAAAAUAUUGUCUGACAAGAAGAAAAUUGUAAAGUAUGCAAAUGUCCACUUGAUCCGAAAGUGACCUUCCCUUUAUCUCAGAAAGCACAUGUUAACAAUGUACCUUUAGGUCCUGUUUAAUUCAAAACAUGACUUUAUGCGAAAUAUGUAAAUACUGUUAAGCCUCACCGAUUCUUUGCAAUAAAAAUAUAUGCAAAAUAUCACUGAAAUGCGGAUUUUUAACCCAUUUCUACAAUUCUGAAUACGAUAGUACAAUAAAGGACAUUCUUAUUGUAUUGUUGCAUGAUUUUUUAAAAAUCUUUGGACACAUAUGGUCAUCCGAGAUUUGGUCAUAGGAAACAUACACGUGGUACAAUUUGCUCAACAACUGCAUGCUUUAGUGUUUUGUACAUGGAUUAUAUGACACUGUAUCGCUGAAAUGGAAAAUGUUCUCCAAUUCUAAGAUGACCAAUGACCAGAUGUUUUUUAGGACUCCACAGGUGAUCACAUGUACACAUUCACAAAUGAAAUGAAUCUAUGUUGUAUUAAUUGACUGAAUAAAAUACUGUAAUGAAAAA